GAUGCCCAUUAAUUGUAAAUCGAGCUGUGGUAAAAAGGCUGUUUUAAAACGUCCCAAAACUGGCGAUGCUCUCUGCAAAGAAUGCUUCUUUGCAGCCUUUGAGGCUGAAAUCCAUCACACGAUCAUCUCGAGCAAUCUCUUCCGGCGCGGUGAGAAGGUUGCCGUAGCAGCAAGUGGUGGCAAGGACUCAACGGUACUGGCCCAUGUAUUAAAGCUUCUCAAUGAAACCCACGAUUAUGGACUCGAAUUGGUGCUACUGUCCAUUGACGAAGGCAUUACAGGCUACCGGGACGACAGUCUAGAGACAGUGAAACAGAAUCGUGAUGAUUACCAAAUGGCUCUGAAAAUAUUAUCGUACGAAGAACUAUACGGUUGGACCAUGGACCGCAUAGUGGCGCAGAUUGGACGCUCAAACAACUGUACGUUCUGUGGCGUUUUCAGGCGACAAGCAUUAGAUCGUGGUGCAAAGCAGCUGGGCGUUGACAGCAUUGCCACCGGCCAUAAUGCGGACGAUAUUGCCGAAACAGUGCUAAUGAAUAUCCUUCGUGGUGACACGGCACGUUUGCGACGAUGCACCGAUAUCAAGACUGGUGGCGGCGACGACACCAUACCGCGCGUAAAGCCUCUAAAGUAUAGCUACGAGAAGGAAAUAGUCAUGUAUGCACACUACAAAAAAUUGGUUUACUUCUCUACGGAGUGCGUGUUUGCCCCAAACGCAUAUCGCGGCCAUGCUCGUGCAUUUCUCAAAGACUUGGAGAAAGUACGCCCUUCUGUCAUAAUGGAUAUAAUCCACUCUGGCGAACAAUUGAGAUUUAAGGACAGUGUAAAAAAACCAGUACGUGGCGUUUGCGCCCGAUGUGGAUUUGUGUCAUCUCAACAACCCUGUAAGGCCUGUGUUUUACUCGAAGGAUUGAACCGAGGGCUACCCAAGUUGGGAAUCGGCAAGAAAUCUAAAGGUGACCGCAUGAUUGCCAACCAGGAUCGAGAAAUCGCUUUAAGAGAGCGCGCAAAUUUAGUAAAAAACGAUUUUUGACUUUACAAAUUCUGUAUUUCUUUUUUACAUUAUAAAUGCUGCUCCAAUUUAGGGUUCAACAUUUGUAGCAGUCCUUCAUAUCUGCAAAAACAA